AUGGGAGAAAGUCUGGUGCUAGUAAAAGGUGAGGGACUAUCAGUACCUGUACCAUUCGUCCAGGCCAUCAUGGACGUCCAAAUAUCCGACCGAUUUGUCCUACCCCAGUUCAAGAUGUACAAUGGAACCAUUGACCCUGAGGUGCAUAUCAAAUCCUUCACUAAUGCGAUGGAAUUUCGCACCGGGUGCGACGCCAUUUGGUGUCGGGCGUUCUCUCUUUCGCUGGAAGGAAAGGCCCUGGAGUGGUUUGACUCUCUCCCGAGCGGCUCCAUUGAAAAUUUCAAAUGUUUGGGUGACAUGUUUAAAAGCCAAUUCGCCACUUGUCGCACGCAAGAUAUCACUGUGGUCGAUUUGAUGAAUUUAAAGCAAGGCAAGAACGAAUCACUCAAAACCUUCAUGGAUCGGUACCAGAAGACCGUACGAUGGGUCAAGGGCCUUAGCUUGGAGCUGGCUCUUCAGCACAUAAUGCCCGCCUUGAGGCCCGGCCUGUUCAAAGACAGUGUCUGUCGCACCCCUCCUAAAACCAUGGAGGAAUUGUGUCAGCGGGCCGCAUUUGAAGUAAGGGUGGAGGAUAUGAAACAAAUUUACCGACAGGAAAUGCAAGAAGCGAAGGCGGAUAGGACAAACGCGAAACGAGAGGGUCAGGGUAGCCGUACGGGGUCACCGAAGAUGCGAGAGGGACCUCAAGGUCCCCGUUUCCAGCAAUAUGCGCAAUUGAGCGCUCCCCGAGCUCGCAUACGACAAGAGGCACUCAGUGCACAAAUCAUACAAACGCCUCAGAAACGCCCCACCCCCCUGGGGGCGGACAGCAAUAAGCAUUGCUUGUACCACCAAAACAUGGGACACGAUACCGAAGAUUGCGUAACCCUCAAAGACAAAAUAGAGGAACUGAUUCGGGCAGGACAGUAG